UAAAAAAUAAUUUCUUUAGAAAAAAAGUUGGAAAAGACAGAGAUAGCUCAGUUAGGGUGGGGAAAGGUAGGGGAUAUGGAUCGAUGAAAAGUUGAUUCUUUUAACCAAUUCACAAGCGUACGUUCUCCGCUCCCGUUAGGCGGGAUAUCGUUGGUAUUAACCAAUGGACGUCAAGUAGCACGAGGUAAUCAACUGUAACCGAAUGUAAUAGUGCAAGAAUCUCAGGUGCUGCGUCCUGACUUUUAGCGUAUGCUAUGGUGUUAUUCGUACGAUAGCACAUAGCAUCAUCAUUAUCAUCCCUGUAACGUUUGCGUACGUGUCGAUCGGAUUAGCUGUACUCGCUAGCUAUUCUGUGAUCAUUUCGUUCGAUCAGUUAUUUAGUUUGGAUCGUUUGGAUCGUUCUCAUUGUCAUUUGGAUCAGUUCUCUCGCGAUGGUUCGCGUCUACAUAUUCAUCGAAAUCUGCUUUACAUUGAUCCUAUUCAAGAACGUCGACUCUGUAUUACCACCAUAUAUAAAAGCGUGUAAAAGACAUGAUCCUAAAAUAAACGAAUGUAUCAUGAAUUCGAUCGAGGAACUUCGAGGGAAAUUGGCUGAAGGUAUUCCUGAACUCGAUGCACCGGCUAUCGAACCACUCAAAUUAAAUCAAAUUCGUUUAUUGAGAGGACCUACCGGGGCUAGGCUCGAUAUCAAUCUAACCGACAUUGAGGUAAACGGACCGUCGACCUUUAAAGUACGUGACCUCAAAGCAAACACCGAUGACGUGGUCUUCACUUUCAAGGUCAGCUUUGGAAAGCUUAAUUUUCAAGGAAAAUAUCAGAUAGAUGCUAGAUUGCUUUUACUUAAGCUUGCUGGACAGGGUGAACUCGUUGGUAACUUCACUGGAUAUGAUUCCGACGUUGUCUUGAAAGCACAAAAAAUUUAUAGAGACAAUAACGUUUAUUUACAUUUUGAAAGAAUGAAACUAAAUAUACGAAUUGGUUCUGCUAAUGUUUAUCUAAGCAAUUUAUUUGGUGGCGAUCCAGUUCUAGGACCAGCCAGUAACGAGAUCAUAAAUGCUAAUAGCGCACUAUUGUUAGAAGAGAUUAGACCAGUGAUGGAAUCAUCGUUAGCUGAUCUUUUUACCAAUGUUUCCAAUAAAAUCGUCAAAUCCUUUACGUACGACGAACUGUUCCCAGAAAAUUGAACGAAUUCUAGACAAAUUAGAAUCUGUUACGUCAAAUUCAUCUAAUUAACGACAGCACACUUCAGGUUUUUCAAAGAUUGUGCCGAUACUUUCAUAAACAGCAUAAUACUCGAAAGAAGAUAAAACAAUAAACAAAAAAAAAA